GGCAGACACCAUGGCCCUUGGGGCCUGUGCCCUCCUGCUGCUCCUGGCUGUGCCCGGUGUGUCCCUCAGGGCUUUGCAGCCAGGGUGUGGCCGGCCGCAGGUUUCGGAUGCAGGAGGCCGGAUCGUGGGGGGCCAUGCUGCCCCAGCUGGCACAUGGCCAUGGCAGGCCAGCCUCCGCCUGCGGAGGGUGCAUGUGUGCGGCGGGUCCCUGCUCAGCCCCCAGUGGGUGCUCACAGCUGCCCACUGCUUCUCCGGGUCCCUGAACUCAUCCGACUACCAGGUGCACCUGGGAGAACCAGAGAUCACUCUGUCUCCCCACUUCUCCACCGUGAGGCAGAUCAUCCCGCACUCCAGCCCUUCAGGACCGCCAGGGUCCAGUGGGGACAUCGCCCUGGUGCAGCUCAGUGUCCCCGUGACCCUCUCCAGCCGGAUCCUGCCCAUCUGCCUCCCGGAGGCCUCGGAUGACUUCUGCCCUGGGACCCGGUGCUGGGUGACCGGCUGGGGCUACACGCGGGAGGGAGAGCCUCUGCCACCCCCGUACAGCCUGCAGGAGGUGGAAGUCUCCGUGGUGGACACAGAGACCUGCCGCCGGGACUAUCCCAGCCCCAGGGGCAGCAUCCUUCAGCCCGACAUGCUGUGUGCCCGGGGCCCCGGGGAUGCCUGCCAGGAUGACUCCGGGGGGCCUCUGGUCUGCCAGGUGAACGGCGCCUGGGUGCAGGCUGGCAUUGUGAGCUGGGGUGAGGGCUGCGGCCGCCCCAACAGGCCAGGGGUCUACACUCGUGUCCCUGCCUACGUGAACUGGAUCCGCCGCCACAUCACAGCCUCAGGGGGCUCAGAGUCUGGGUACCCCAGGCUCCCCCUCCUGGCUGGCUUCUUCCUCCCCGGCCUCUUCCUUCUGCUAGUCUCCGGUGUCCUGCUGGCCAAGUGCCUGCUGCACCCGUCUAGCGAUGGCGCUCCCUUCCCCGCCCCUGACGGCAGGAAUCCAAGUGCGAUUCUUAAAUAAGUUACUAUUUAUUCCGCUCCGCCCCCUCCCUUGAAAAGCUGAGUCUCCUGCAUCAGAUUAUUGCAACAUUUAACCUGAAUUUAAAAGCACACGAAACAAA